CCCUGCUUGUGUGUCGGGGAACGUAAUCUUUUCCUUCCGAAUACGUUUCUCUCCCGAGAAAUAUACCCAUGACACAGUGGGUUUAAUAUCAGGAGGUGAUCCCGGAUUUCCCAGCCGUCCGAAUCCAAUAUUUGGGUCCUCUCCUCCCUCCCCUGCCGGCGGGCAGGCAGCAGGUUGCCAUGGAAAACUCGUCGGUGGCGUCCGCAUCCUCAGAGGCUGGCAGCACGCGCUCGCAGGAGAUUGAGGAGCUGGAGCGCUUCAUCGACAGCUACGUGCUGGAGUACCAGGUGCAAGGCCUUCUGGGAGACAAAAACGAGACGUACCUGGACGGAGACAACAAGCCCCAGUCCCACAAUUCACAGUGGACAGAGGACUGCAAUGACAAGAAAGACGGGAGUUGGUCACCCUCGUGGGGGAGGGGCUCCACCAAACCAGAUGAGUGGGACCACAGUAGUAAUGGCAGUACAGGGUCCAGGCCCAGCUCUGGCUCUAGACCUGGUUCAGGCUCCAGGUCUGGUAGCAGAGGGAGGAACAACCAAUUCAGAGGGCCAGCCAAGGUACAGAAUGGGAACAGGGAAGGAUCCUUUGACAUCCUGGGUACUGACAUCUGGGCUGCUAACACCAUGGACUCUCAUGGGUAUGUCAUGGGGGCAACGUGGGACCUCCAGCCUGAAAAGCUGGACUUCAGCCAGUUCCACAGGAAACCCUUCCGGGGAACACCAAAGCACCUUCCACACAUCGACAGAGAGGGAUCUGAAAGCCCAUACAUCCCUCCCAUUGAUCCUCUUCCAUGGGAUAAACAUGACAAUGAUGAUGCUGGUCCAUUCCAUUACUACUUAGAACUGAUGAUGAAAGGCAAGUUUGAAUAUGAUGAUGGGAUCAACUUGAACGACAUGGAGCAGUUCCUGCCAGGCCUUACCGGUUUCCCGCCCCUGCCUAACGAAGCUGAGAUCGCACAAACCAAAAAGCUUUUCCGUCGCAGGAGAAACGACCGACGGAGACAGCAGCAGAGACCACCGGGGGGAGGAGGAGGAGACAGGAAGACCCAGCAGCAGCAGUCGCCACAACAACAACAACAAACAGUCAAUCAACACCCUCGUGACCAGCAGCAGCACAGAGGACAGUGUGGGGGUAGCCAUGGGCAGCAGUUCCAGGGCCACGGCGGGCAGCGCCAGGGGCCCCCCCACCAUGGCUACAGCCAGAACCGCCGCUGGCACCACAACCAGCAGGGGCAGGGAGGAGAACAGGGACCGCAGGGUGGCCCGGCAAUGGACAGAGACAGGGGGGCAACCCCAACGGGAGACAGAGACAAGGGGGCACCACCCAGAAAAAACGAAGAGACUGAUGAUGUAAAGGCAGAGGAGGCCAGCGCUAGGCUAGAGCCAGAGAGCUCAAGGGGCCCCAAUGACGGGCCUCCCAGCCAGCCUGGGAGCCAGGGUGGCCCUAAAGUCAGUCUUCUGCCGUCGUCCAAAGAGAGGCUGAGGAGGAGGCUAAAAGACAAGGAGGAGGCGGUUGUGUCCCCAGCGGGCCCCCAGCGGAGCCGCAUGGACCGCUUGCUGGAGAUCCUGAACAGCAUGAGGAACAACAGUGUCGGGGUGGACGGCCAGCUCAGCUCCUUCAUGGAGGAGGCCCAGACCUCGACCCAGUCAGAAGAGAGCUUAGCCCAGAUCGUCUCUACUAUCUAUGGCAAGGCCCUCAGCGACAGAAGCUUCGCCGCUACUGCUGCCAGACUCUGUGACAAGAUGGCCCUGUUCAUGGUGGAGGGGACCAAGUUUAGAUCAUUACUACUCAAUAUGUUACAGAAGGACUUCUCUCGUCGGGAGGAGCUGCAGGCAUCUGACGUGGAGCGCUGGUUGGGGUUCAUCACCUUCCUGUGUGAGAUGUUUGGAACAAUGAGGUCCAGUGCCGGAGAGCCCUUCAGAGUCCUGGUCUGUCCCAUAUACACCUGUCUCAGAGAGCUGCUGGAGUCUCCAGAGGUGAAGGAGGAUGCAGUCCUCUGUUAUUCUAUGGAGCUGCAGUCCACUGGUCGUCUCCUGGAGGAGCAGCUUCCAGAGAUGAUGACAGAGCUCCUGGCUGCGGCCAGGGACAAGAUGCUGUGUCCGGCCGAGUCCCAGCUAACUCGCUCCUUGCUCAUGGAGGUCAUAGAGCUGCACGCCAACCACUGGACCCCUCUGGAGGAUCUCACCACACAGUACUACAACAGGACCAUCCAGAAGCUCACCACCGCCUAGCCCCCCAGACCCAGGACCUGUCCCACAGGUCAGACACAUGGAGGCCUGAGCUGGGUUGAUGGCUGGGAUGCAUGGGGUUGGACUAGACAUGGGACCGUACAGAGUCGCAGAACAUAAUUGGUUGGCCCCAUACCAGACUGCAAAUGCAUUUAGGUAUAAGGAGAAGGGACUGACAAGACAUACAGACAGACCUGAAAUCCAUGCAAAAACAAGACAAACACUACACCACGCACACAGACAUAAGAGACUGGCCACUGGCACACAUUCGACUGUGGUGGCGUGCCUGGUCACUGAGAUGGGUGGAGGACAAAGAGACGGCAUGAUGUGGGGGGGGGUUGGAACAGCAGCCGCCUGUCCUUGGUGAACAGUCUCUCCUCAGAGGUUAAAAAGAGAAGAAGCAGGGGGGUCCAGGGAGAUCUCUUUCUCUCUCUUUUGUGUUCACGUGCCAACCACCCUUUCUCUGUCUUUCUCCUUUAUCUAUCUCCCCUCCUCCUCUUCUCUGUCCCAGAACCUUCCACCCCAGGGCCUAUGUGGCUGACUGGGGGAGAUGAGAGGGGAGGUAGGCAAGACUCUGUCUGGGUUGUCCCCUCCCCAGACCUCCCUCCAGUGGGCCAGGUCAAAUGGCCAGACUGCAGGGCUAGGUUCCAGUAAGGCCUGCCUUUGUCGUCGUCGUCGUCCCCCCCACUCCCCAGAGGCGCUUUGUGUGGCUGAGACACUGGCUGGCGCACUCUGGAUUGCUGGCUGGGUAGCAGAUGGCUUCUGGCGCCUCAGUGGGCUGGCUGCAGACAACCUCCCAGUCCCACUUACACUCCAGCCAAGGCCAACCCAUCCUCCAACCCAGGCUAACCCUAACCCAGCCAGGCCGCUGACAGAAGGGGGCAGUGGGUUUGUCCUGGGGGCCAGUGGGGCUGCCGUGGGGGGGCUAGGGAUGGGGACUGGGGGGGUGGCGCAGCAGACAGAAGCAUCAAUCUGCUGCUUUAGUGGGGCUUUUGUUGUCAUUAUCAUUUUCAGAGGGGUUUAAUUUUCUCUGUCCAUGCUUUUGUUACCUUUGUUAUUAAUUAUAUUAUAUUAUUGUUACUAUUAUUGUUGUGUUAUUUCUUUUAAAUCAUGUACUGUAAAUAUGUAUGAUAAUGGAAUAUUUUAGGGUAGAUGUAUUGCACAGGUUUGAUUUGUUUUGCACUGUUUUAAGGUGAUUACUUGUUUUAAAAGUCAAAACGAUAAAAGAAAACAAUGCUUUUUAACGGUGGAAUGGAUAAAUACUAGCAUUAAAAAGACUCAAUAGGUUUGAGGGGUUGGUUGAUUAGAAAGGGAAGGUUUAGCCAGAAGGAAGAAUCAAAGAAAUUAUGGAUUUGAAGAAGUCAGUCAAACUAGUGGCCUUGUGAACUAUAACUACAUUUAUAGAGUUGCGUCCUUGUUGUUUUGAAAGACAAGGCCAAGAGAGGUGGAGAGUGCUUGCCGAGUGACCGAAUUUAGUGAGGUGAUUAUUUUUUAUUUUUUUUCCUGCAAAAACAAAAGAAAAACGAGCCUGAUACAAAUCGCUUCUUCAAAUGUUCUCCUGUUCAAGUAGCCAUUUUGCAGUGUUGGACAUUUUGCAACUCUUUAUCUGUGUGACGAUGAAGUAUUUGCUUUUGAGAGCGAAAAAAAUCUGUUUUAUUCUACAGAUUAUAAAUAUAUAUAUAUAUAUAUAGACAAUGUAGUUAGCUAGUAUGUGAUUCGCAUUUCUCUGGCUUCUGGAAAUGUGUGUACAACAAUAUUGACCUAUCAACCCAAUCAUAAUUAUGUAAUCCAAUUAAAUGUAAUCGAAUAUACAGAAUAUACCAGUAUUUAAGACAACGAAGCGAGCUCUAGGAGGGCAUGGUGCAAAGAGAGACAAGGGCUACGUCCCAUUUAUCAACCCUUCCAAAGUGUGCACUUGUUCACUUCCCUUUCCUGAUUUGAAAGGAAUGACUGGCAUAAGAUAUGAUAUUCUAGCCAUGAUGAUUAGCUAUAGGGUUGUGGUUGUGUGGAUAGGAAGUGGCUUUUCCAUGUGUUCUUACUAUGGCUUCAGCUCAUGUUGAAGGAACUGCUCUUUCUGAGGCAGUCUGUCAGUCCUAGUACUACUAGUGUUACUAGCUUCUGAUUUCCUAUUGAACUGAAUCUCUGGGCAUUUAGGGGUUUUUUUGCAUCAAGAAUUCAAAUCUUUUAAGGUAGGCACACAUCCAAAACAAUAGGGUAUUUUAAAACAAUUUAAAUAAUUUGGAGAUACGGAUAACUGCCAAAAUAAAGGAAACGCCAACAAUAGGGCUACCAUGAGCCAGAACAGCUUCAAUGUCCCUUGGCGUCGAUUCUACAAGUGUCUGGAACUCAAUUGGAGGGAUGCAACACCAUUCUUCCACUAGAAAUUCAAUCAUUUGCUGUUUUGUUGGUGUUGGUAAACGCUCAGGGAAUCUCCCUUAACCCUUAAGUGUUCAAUUGGGUUUGAGAUCUGGUGACAGAGACGGCCAUGGCAUAUGGUUUACAUUGGUAUGAUGAGCAUGAAACAUUCAGUGACCAGUCGUGCCCUGUGGAUGGGGUUAUUGUCGUCCUAUGGGGGCAUAGCUAUGGUAGCCAAAAUAAUGGCCUGUGCAGCAUUUUUAUACAUGACCCUAAGCAUGAUGGGAUGUUAAUUGCUUAAUUAGCUUAAUUAGCACCUGUGUGGAAAAACCUGCUUUCAAUAAACAUUGCAUCUCUCAUUUAGGGUUUCAAUUAUUUUGGCAAUUAUAUGCACCUACCUAUAAGGUGAAUUUCAUUUUAGUUUGAUAAAAUACAAUGGGUUUUGAUUUUCAGUGACUAAAAUUGUGAUUCCGAUCACUUGCCUGGUAUAAUGUUAGAUUGUAAAUAAUGCUAUUGGGCGAUUCCAUAUGCAAAGGAGUGACUCUCAUCUGUGACGCUGGGCCUCCCGGCGCCCUCUGACCUUAGACCUUUAGGUUACGUGACUCGCCUUACUAUUGAAUGCGACGCAACCCCAUUUGCAUCUCAUUGACAUUGGGAGGUAUAUGGUAUAGCAUCAUCACGGCGUUGUAACCCCAGCGAGGCGAGACUACCAGCCAGAUGGUGCACAGAUGAUGAGCUGUUAGAGUUUGUGGAAGUUGUUGGUCAUCAGUUUUAUUUUUUAUUAAGCAAUUUAAAAAAUUUGCUAACUGAAGAGGUGUAAAAAAUGUGGGUGGUUUACUAUGGUUUUUAGCUGCCUGAAAUAUUAGGUGCCUGUAUUGACGCAGCCCCUAAACGUUCUCACUGUCUGGACAAUUUUAUUUUCCCAUAUCCUGAGAACAUCUCCCGCUUCACUCCACCAUUCAGCCACUAAAGCCUCUUUAUUUUAAGAGAAACCAUCUCGUAUGUCUGGGGGAUGUCUUAUCUUGUGUUGCACUGCUUUGACACAAACACAAUCUUCUUCAGAAUAAGUAAGGAUGUAAUACCUGAGAAAAGCUCUGUUUCCUCUCGAUAUAUGCUCUGCCACAUGUCGCUAUGCUCACAAUGAGCUCUCAUUCUUCAGACACAGAAUAUGUGUAACAAUAUUUAUUUAACUAGGCAAGUUAGUUAAGAACAAAGUCUUAUUUACAGUGACGGCCUACCGGGGAACAGUGGGUCAACUGCCUUGUUCGGGGGGCAGAACGACAGAUUUUUACCUUGUUAGCUCGGGGAUUCGAUCCAGCAACCUUUCGGUUAUUGGCCCAACGCUCUAACCACUAGGCUACAUGCCGCCCCAGUACACACUGGGACUCUCCUAUAUGAAUCAUACUACAUACUAAUGUCAUCUCUGUUAAAAGGUUUUGCAUACUUUAAAAAAUGGAGUAUUACCUAUAGCCAUUAUACUAUAUUCUGUGUCUGACUAGUUGUAUGACUGGAUGUCCUUGGCCCAUUGUGUUGCCUUUGUUAGGCCCUGACCCAAGCCUGGGGCUAGCCUGCGGCGUCUACCCCCAGGAGGGCUCACUGAGCCCGGGUUCACUCCCCCAGGGGCCUGGGUCUCUGAGCUCGCCCCUGGAACACAGGCAGGUUGUCCUUCAGUGUCCGUCCACAUCAAUCACUGUCUGGGGAUGUGAGGGAGGAGAGGAAAGGGUGGUGAGACGGGGGUAGUCUACUUCUGAUAUAGGGGAGAGGGCAUCGAACAUACUGGGAACAUUAAGGGUAUGUGAAAUGUUACUGCUCAUGUCUCCUCCAUUUUCAAAUGAUUUAUGGUAAAUAUGCAUUAAAGAUUUGUAUCGCUA